UUAUUGUUACCAUCCGCAAACUGUGGCUGGAAACCGGCUCGCCGUUUGCGAAAAUCGGCCGGGGAAAAGCUAGUUGGUGGUGUCUUUGAACUUUGCUUUAAAUGUGUAUAUAUAUAUAUAUAUAUAAAUAAGAAAUAUCUACCAGAAUAUUCAAGCAUCGUGUUUGAUGGAUCUCUAGCGGACGCACAUUUGGAGCUGCCUUUAUCUGGAGCCUGUCCUGGGAAACACAAGGCACAAAGCAGCCUAGAUGCUGAUCUGAAGAUCUGAAUCAGUGAAAAAAGAAGAAAAAGUCUGCAUCUAGAUUGUAGUCACAAUAUGGGUAUAAAAAGUUCAAUUCAUCAGAUUUUUUCUGGCUUAAAUUUGAGCCUCAUUAGAUAGUCAUGUGAAGUUAAGAAGACACAAACUUAAAGUUUCAGAUUUAAGGCUGACUUGAAUAACUCUUAGUGUUAUCUCUUGAAGAACAAGAAGACGGAUCUUCUGAGAUGGAUCAGCUGAGCUAAUAUGGUCUUAAUUUUGUGAGCACAUGAAGUGUUCUAAAUUGAUGGUAUUGAUGAGUUCCAGCCCCUAUACAUAGUUAGUCUAGCCAUAGGAUGAAAAUGAGGUGAAGACUGGAGUUCACACUGCAAGUGCUUCUUUAGACAAAAUGGCAAUUAUCAAUCUCCUUUUUAGUGCGAGUUAAAUUGCAUACAUGGAGUCAUGAUGGGAUUAUGUUUUUAUUCUUUGUAACUCUCAUGCUACCUCUGUGUUUGAGAAUCUCUAAUGUGAACAUUAUCACUGUCUGAAAAGUGUUUUUGGUUUUUUUGACAUUACGCAAUGGUCUGAAGUACAUUCUUAAAUUCUUUUUAUAUAGUCUUAAGAUUAAUUGGUGUAUUAUGACCAAAUGGAAAUUUUAGACCAGUGAAACAUUUAUAUUGUGUUCUUUCUGUACAUUAUACUUAAAAUCAUAACAUCGAUCGAUUAUAUAGUGUACAUUUAGUGCUGUUUCCUAAACCUGAUCUUGUGAUACUAUUGUCCCUCCUUGAAAUUACCCAAGAAAAAAUGGAAUACCCUAUUGUGGAUUAUAACAACUGCAGUGAACAGGUUGGGGGAGCAGCAGCUUUCAUCUGCACUGAAUGUGGAGAUGGCUUCAGCCAUUAUCCUGACCUCUUGAAUCAUAUGGUGACACAUGGGCCAGUGGAUACCUUCUCCUUAGAUUGUCCCCCAAAUGGCUUUGGAGCGCCUCUUGAGUUUGCACUUCAUGAAAAUGGCAUGCUAACAGUUGUAGAUAGAUCUGUAGAAUUGAACUAUUUACCUGCCAAUGAUAAACCUCCAUCCCCAAAUAUAGUUUGGAGUCAGGCUUCCUCACAGGAGACCCAGCCCUGUCCUGUUACGUCACCUACUGAAGAUGAACCUCUCGAGUCUCAGCAUACUCCAUUAGUGUUGCCAGUCAGCCAGCCUCCUACAUCUCAAAUUACACCUGUAAUUCUAUCUUCAACUAAGGAAGUACAGUCCUAUAGUGAAUCCAUUAGUCGAACUCUAGUUUCCUCUCGCUCUGCUCGUUUUCGAUGUGAAACAUGUGGCCAGUUAUUUAACACAAGGGCUGGUUUACAACGACAUCAGCGCUACAGGACCUUAGACCAGGGAUUUAAAUGUACUUUGUGCUGCAAGGUCUUUAGUGAACGAGAGGAACUGCGUCAACACCUUCAAGAACAUGCACAUGAGCGAUUUUAUAGCUGUGGACACUGUGGAAAACGAUUCCUCAAUCAAGAGACUCUUCAUGCUCAUCAGGAAGAACGGCACAGCAAAGCAGCAUCAAAGACCUCUAAAGAGGGUCAGGAAAAAAGCACUGGUAAAUCGUACCCCUGCAAGUUAUGUGGGCUUCGGUUUUUUUGGCUGUCUGAUUUGCAGAGUCACUUGCUCAGUCAUGCUCAAGGAAAAGUAGUGUCCCAUGCUUGUACUACACCAACUACCAAGAGACAGCCUCAGCAGGAUGAAAAAGCACGUGAUAGUUUACCUAAAAUUGGCUUGCCUAAAUAUACAAAUCAGCGUCGGGAUUCUGCCUCCAGUCUGAAUACACCAUUUAGACCAUACCGCUGUGGAUUGUGUGGGAUUCGCUUUCAGCAUUUAUCUGAUCUUAAGUUGCACCACCUCUCACAUCAGACACAAGAAGACUUUUUAAGCCCUGAACCAGAACCUAAACCUAAACAUGUCCAAUGUGGGGCAACAACAAGACAACAGACCCAAAGUAGUCCACCAGCAAAAGAGCCAAAGCCACGAGGAAGGCCUCCACGUGGGAAUCAAGCAAAUCACAAUGCUCGUGUAUAUCCUUGCAAACUAUGCCACCGUGUGUUUGUGCAUUCCAGUAGUUUGUCUCGGCACAUGAGAUACCACAAAGGAACUUUGCAUACUUGUGUUUACUGUGGGAGGCACUUCCCACAGCGCUGUGAUGUAAGGAGGCACAUAGCAAUGUAUCAUAAUGCACAAGGAACACAGUCUAAGGCUGAGACGGAAAAAGCAGUUGCAGAAAGUAGAAGGGACCUACAUUUGCAGCAGCCUCAAUUAAAGCCAUAUAUACAACCUCAAAUAAGGCAAGCAAAAGAAAUAGAAAAAGGUACAUCGGACAAAAGAAAGGAUAACAGUAAUUAUUCUUGUGGAAAGUGUGGAAAGAUUUUUUUAGAUUCUUCCGAGCGGGAUAAACAUGGUUGCAACAGUCAGCACCCCUUAGAUGCCAAAGAGGCACAGACUCCUUCCAAACCUCGGGUGACCUUCCAGUGUAGUGUUUGCGGUAAAGGAUUUGGGUUGCUUUGUGUUUACCAACGUCACCAGCGUUAUCACAGACGGGAGCUUUCUGGUGAGAUACACAAGUGUCCCCGCUGUCCAAGACGUUUCCGUCAGUCAUCUUCAUUAAUACGCCAUCUCGAAACUCACCAAAGUCAUUCUCCACAAGAUGAUGACAAAGAAGUGCAAAUAUCUCCUACCACUUUGUGUGGUCAGGAUCCUGCCUUAGUUUUGGAACAUGACAAUGAAGAUCUUGAGGAUGAAGAAUACUUAGAGGAAGAGGAGGCUAAUGGAAGUAUCGCAGCUGAAGUGCUGUAUGAAUGCACAGAAUGCACCCAGACUUUCUCUUGUUUGGUGACAUUCCUGCAGCACCAGAGUGCCCAUGGCUCAGAUAGCCUUGCAUAAUGGAGUUCCCAAAACAAUGUCUUGUGAAGUGUGUGUGACUUAUGAAACUAAUUAUGUUCAUGAACUAUUCCUCCUGGCAUUCACAGUCAACCUAAAAUCAAAAAGAUGAACAAUGAUGACGCAUCUGACAGAGGAAAGUUAUGAAAAUGUUCCACAAGUUUGACAUUUUUCUGAUCCAGAGUUUUCAGAUGACUUUUUGUAUUGUUGAAGUUUGUUUUGCUUGGGUUUGUCAGUACGGUUAUAGAAGGUUAUCUGGUUCCAGUUUGGAUCAAUAUGAAUCUGUAUAGUUCUAUAGAUUCCAAGUAUCUGGUAGUUUUGAAACUGCUGAAGAUGAAUUGGAUUUGGGAAAAAAAAGAUGUGUAUUUGUCAUGACUUGGUCUUUUCUACUUAAACCCAAUUGGAAAUGUACAUAAUAUUGUGGAUUUCCAAAACGUUAAGAAUAUUGGCAUACAUCUUUGCAGGAUUUCGUCUGAAAGGUCCUUUAUUAGAGGAUCAUCUUACAUCUGUUUUGGGUCUCUUCAGCUGAUAUCAGUUUUUAAAAAUGACACUGUUUUACAGUAACAUUAUAAAUGCUGAUGUCCAGUUACUGUUAUUCUUUCUAAGCCAGUUGUCUGUUAGCUGUGUUAUAUUUACAAACCCUAAACAUUUCUAAUCAGAUUAAGCUGCAAAUUCCCAUGGUAUCCAUCAGUUCCUGGGAGUUUGUCCUAGGAACAUUCAUUUUAUAUGCAUUUCCAUCUUUGAUUAUUUUUUGUUUAUGAAUUUGUUUUGAACUGGUAUUUUGACAAUUGCUAUUAAGUUUUAACAAUAGUUAAUCUGAAAAAUAAACUGCAGAAAUUUGCAGAAUUCUCUUGCCCCUAUUUUAACAUCCACACAUUACCAUGUCACCUACCCCCCACCCAACUCUCAACCCUAUAAAUAUAAGUCUUUUAAUUCUACUGUUUAAUUUAAAAAUGAACAUCCAAGUAAUAGGUGGUACUCUUGAAAAUAGCCCCUUGACAGCUACAACUAACUUGCACACUUUUCUUGUAUUGAACUAUAUUCCAUCUUGUAUUUCAAUGGUAAUUACCCUUUUUUGUCACCCAUAUAAAAUUCCUAUAUCAUCCUUCCUCACAGUUCAAGAUUAAACACAUAUUUGGUACUGGUUGUCACUAAUAUCAAAUAGGAAAGUGCCAUUUGUGGUUUUUUGUGUGUGUUUUUUAGUGUUACAUCAAAUUUGCAUUUUUGAGGACCAGAGGCACUGAAAAGUUUUUUAUUUUUUUUAUUUUUUACUUUGUGGGCAACAGAGAAAGACUACUCAAAAGGCUUUUAUUUUGAGAUACAUCAAUGACAGAAUGUAGUUUUUACAUUUUUUCAUUGCCAAAUAUGAAUCAAUGUAUCCUUCCUCCAGAAAUGUUAUGUGCCAUUACAAUUAAAUAAAUGUUCGCUAUAUCAGCCCA